GUUGAGCACGCGCCGACUGCCCGAAGCAUCCGUUGCUGCGCGGGUCGCCGAACAUCGCAACCUCGGCGAGUCCCUCCCCGUCCCUCCCCUCCGAUACCCCGCCGUCGGGGGCUGCGACCAGAGACAGAGAGCGUCCGUGAAUCAGCAGACACAGGAUGUUGAAUUUCUCGAGCUUCGUUCAAAAGGCGCAGCAGCUGUUGGAACCUGUGCAGGGUUUAAACCUCACCGAGUCCGACAAGAACCCGUCCAAGGCGUCGCUGUUUCAGAACCAGUUUCGGCUCCCCUCGUCCCAGCACCCGCUCUACGAGAUCAACGCCGAGCUCACUAUCCCGCCCACCAACGCUACGCAAGGAGACAGAGACCGGGACCGAGGAUACCAGUACGCCGGCAAGCUCCACCUCUCCGAGGCCUACCUCUCCUUCUCGACCACCCCCUCGAGCUUCCUGCAGUCGGCGACCGCCAGCACCUCUUCGAUAUUCACGGGACAGACACACGGCGGCGGGCCGAGCGGCAAUGGCUUCACCUUCCCCCUCUGCUCGAUCCGGAGGGUAGAACGGUUACACAGUCCCAACUUCCAGUUUGCCCUCUCAAUAACCACGUGGAAUGGCAUAAGCCAAGAAGCGGCCAAGGAAAAGGACAAGAAGGACCUGAGGGAGCAGCGCGUGACGUUGCAGCUUGCCGGCAGCCGGCAAGCCUGCGAGCGGUUCUGUGACGGCCUCAAGAAGGGUUUGCGGGCUAAUGUGGGAAAUGUGGCCAAGCUGAAGAAGGUCACGGCCGAGUGCUACUCGGAAUACCUCCUCCGGCCCGACGACAAGAAGAACGCGACGCCGCCCGACGCCGGCCUGGGCAUGCUCUUCAAAUACCCCGGCGACCCAAAGAAGCUGCGCGACCGAGCCAAGAUGAGGUUAUGGGCCGAAUAUCUGAGAGACAACGGUCGCAACGCCACGCUGAUCCGCCAGCCUACCUUCCACAAGCUCAUCAGGGUCGGCCUGCCAAACAGGCUAAGGGGCGAGAUCUGGGAGCUGACCUCGGGCUCCCUCUAUCUCAGGUUAGAGAACCCGACGCUCUACGCCGACACGCUGGCCAAGUUCUCCGGGCAGGAGUCGCUGGCCAUCGACGAGAUCGAGAAGGACCUCAACCGCAGCCUGCCCGAGUACCCGGGUUUUCAGAGCGAAGAGGGCAUCGGCCGUCUCCGCCGGGUCCUCACGGCCUACAGCUGGCUGAACGCCGACGUCGGCUACUGCCAGGCUAUGAACAUCGUCGUCGCCGCACUGCUCAUCUACAUGUCGGAGGCCCAGGCCUUCUUCCUCCUCUCGGCCCUAUGCGAGAGGCUGGUGCCCGGGUACUACUCGACUACCAUGUACGGCACCCUCCUCGACCAGAAGGUGUUUGAAUCCCUGGUGGAGAAGACAAUGCCCGUCUUGUGGGACCACCUCGUUAAGAGCGACGUCCAGCUGUCUGUCGUCUCGCUUCCCUGGUUCCUCUCGCUCUACAUCAACUCAAUGCCCCUGGUGUUUGCCUUCCGAGUCCUUGACGUCUUCUUUGUCGAGGGCCCCAAGGUGCUAUUCCAAAUCGGCUUGGCCAUUCUCCGGAUCAACGGGGAGGAGCUGCUGGACGCCUCCGACGACGGUGCCUUCAUUUCGGUCCUCAAGUCCUACUUUUCCCGCCUGGAUGAGUCCGCGCAUCCGAAGUCGGAGAAUCCGAAGCUGAGGGCCGUCACAAAGUUCCAGGAGCUCAUGGUCGUGGCUUUCAAGGAGUUCUCGGGCAUCACUCACAGCACCAUCACCGACCUCCGCCUGAAGAACAAGGAUGCCGUCCUGAGCAACAUCGAGAACUUUGCCAAGCGCACAGCCAUCAGGAACCUGGGGCCGGAUAGUAAGCUGCUCAGCAACGAUGAGCUAGGCGCGCUAUACGACCGCUUCUACGGCAUCCUGUACGAGCGACAGCAGCGCGACCGCAUCAUCAAGCAGGAGCAGGCAAGGCGUGCCAAGAACAGCCGGUCGCGCAUCCCAGAAGCCGCUAGCGCGGGAAGCCACGGCAUCGAGAAGGGGCGCGUCGGUCUCGGCCCGAGUACGAGCCUCAUGGACUACGACGCGUUCCGCGAGUUUCUGGCCGGCAUGUGUAAAUGGGCCAUCUCGGACUCGCCAACCACGCCCCAGCGGGACGCGUUCUCCGAGAAGGACAAGGGUGGUUUCUAUGGCAGCUUCAGGCGCUCCGAUGCGCUGCUGCUGUCGCCAUGGGGGGCGGGGCCCGAGCCGGCAGACCACGAGUUCGUCCAGAGGCUGUUCCGGAAGUGGGACACCGACUCGUCCUCGGCCCUCACCCUGCAGAAAGUCGUCUCCGGGCUGGCCCGGAUCAAGGGGAAGCGCGACAUCAUGGGGGCCAUCAACUACUUUUUCGAACUCUACGACGAUGACGGCGACGGCAAGGUCGACCGCGAAGGCAUCCUGCGCAUGUCGGAGGCCCUCCUCUUCCUCUCUCGCCGCGGGCUGGAAGGCACGCCGAGCCCGUCGGCCUCAACCGUGGCGCUCGGUGGCGACAGCAUCAACGGCGCCCAGGGGGUCGUUGCCGGCCAGCCCGUGAGCGAACGAUUUCUCGGCAGUGUUAGUGCCUUCAUACGGAGAUGCUUCGAGUAUGCCGAUCCGGACCAUCCGAAAAAUAAGGAUGGCGCGGUGCAGGAGGUGCAACAACGGCUCGAGUCAACUCGGCUGGACGAAGCCGCCGACGAGGAGCUGGCAAAUCCCGACGCAUUCGCCAUUGGCGAUGACGACGACGACGACGACGACGACCUCCUCGCGAUGGAUUCUCCCGCCGGCAGCCCGAAAACGGCCGCCAAGAAGCCCGAUAAUGCGCCACCGGCGCUCCAGCUCAACUCGACGAGCCUGCCCCCAGACCAACAGGACCCGGACGCUCGCCGGCGCGUCUCCAAGGCCCAAUCCGAGAAGGCUAACAUAGCCCUGGACCCAUCCAACCCCCUCCACAUCACUCUGCCUACCUUCCGCAUGGUCGUCCUCGCCGACGAGCUCCUGGAACACUUCUUCGAGACUUCCUUCCCCGCCUCCUUCCACAUCAUCGAGGGCCUGCAGACCACGCCCACGAGCGCCUCGUCCCUAACCACCUUCUCCAGCCUGGGCAUCGGGACCGGGCGCGCGGCCAGCGCAGCCGGCGGGGCCGGGCGCGGCCUGCGCGGCGUGCUGGACAACAUCGUGACGGACGGCAUGCGCGUCGCGGCCGAGGUCCGGCGGCGCAUGGAGGAGGCGCAGAAAGAGCUGGAAAAGAACGCGCUCUCCGGCCAGCCGCAGCAGGGGCAGGGGCAGGCACAAGGGCAGGCGCAGCAGGCGCAGCGGGGUGGCGACGACGAGGACGACGACGAGGACGACGACGGCGGGUUCGACCGGGCGUCGACCCGCAGCGGCAAGAGCGGGACCGGCGGCGGCGGCGGCGGCGGCGCGUACCGCGGGGACGCGGAGCGCCGGAGCGUGAGGAGCUCGGAUCGGGACCUGCUGACGGGUGCGGAUGCCGAGGCGAGCGAUGAGGCGCUUCUGCCGGGCGGAGCAGGCGGAGUCGGCGGGACGGCCGACGGCGGCGAGAGGAAUGACGGGGGCGGUGCGGGGACGAGCGCCGACGUUGAGGCCGGUCCGAGCAAGGUCGUCGGGGUCGAGUUUGACGGCUAGGCGCUGUCGAAGCUCCCUGCGCGCGGACUAUGGUUGGGGACGGGAUAGUUGGGGGGAACGGAUGGCCGUGCUUCUUUUUCCUUUUCCUUUUUUUUCUUUACUCCCUCCGUUUUCUCUCCCCUUGGUUUGAACAUGGGUUGUCUUUGCUGGGGGUUGGCAUCAUCGUUGGUUGUAUUCACUUC